AUGUCAUUAAUUUUAAUACCAUCUUAUAUGGACCUUUCAACAUUGACUGCUUCAGAUUUAUAUAAAUUUUAUUCAUCAAUAACUGCAUCUUUUAAUGAAGGACAUAGUAACUAUCAAUGCAGUUCUUUACGUAACUGUAAUAGUAGUAAUAAAAAUGAAAUUUGCAUUUUAUGUCAGAAGCUGAAAAAAAUAUUAAAUGAAUGGGAAAAAUAUAAAGAAAAUAGUGAUUUAUCCGCUGACAUGUCCUGUGAUUAUUUGAACCAUUGGAUAUAUGGUAAACUAAAAGACACUAAAGCACAUCCUAGUGAUAUUGAUUUGUUUUAUAAGGAAUGGAAAAAUUUUACUAAUGGAGGAGAUUUGUGUGUUAACGUGCCAUAUAAUAAGCUCAGUACAAAAGAAUUAGGAAAUAAGAAAAUAUUAUUUGAUUUCAUUGAGUUUUAUAGUGAUAUAAAAGACAUAAUGAAUAAAGGCCACAAAAAAAAUGAAUGUUGUAAAUAUAUAAAAUACAUUUUUAAAUUAUUCAAUGUUAUGAAAAAUAAGCAAAAUUGCAAAAAAUAUUCAAUUUAUCUUGAUGAAUUAUAUUUUUUUAAGGAAAAAAUUAACAAUGAGAUGGAUUUCCUUAAAGAAAAAUGUCCUCAGUAUCAUUUACAUUUAGAAAUCGAUAAAACUAUUGAUAAUACUAUUGAAACAUUACCAUAUGAACAAGAAAUAUUUCAAGAAAAAUAUAAUAAUUCAUCUCAAAAUAUUAGUAGUCACAUUGUGGGAGAGUUUCCUUCAGAAAUGUCUAAAUAUAAUAACGUUUUAAAAGAAUUAGAAGCAUACAAAAUAUACGAUGAAUUUAAUAAUAAGGAAAACCUUAAUAUAUCUUGCAGCAACUGUGAUCGUGUGUCUAGUUUUGAAUUCGAUUAUCCAGGAAUUACUGAUCUUUGUGAAAAAUUAUAUAGAAAUUUAAAAAGAAUAUCUGAAAUAACAAAUGAGGAAAAAAAAUAUGAAAAAUGUGGAUAUCUCUACUACUGGAUAUAUGGAGAAGUAUGGAGAUUUUUUGGUAAAACUCCACAAAAUAAUAUUAAAAACAUAGUUCUUAAUCUUAUUGAUGUAUGGUAUAAUUCUAUAUAUGACUUAAAGUUGUAUGAAUGUCUUUAUAUUGAGCAUCCUGAAAAUGGUUUUCGCCAAUGGAAGGAACAGAAAUAUUUGCAUGAUUAUUUUAAAAAUCAUGAAAGUAUUUCUAAAUGUACCGAAAAGGAUGUUCUAGAAUGUAAAAUCUAUUGCAUAUAUAUAGCUAAUAUUAUUGGACUUUAUAAGAAACAUCUUAACGAUUGUUGUGUAUAUUUUUAUGAUAACGAGGAUUCUUGGGAAAAUUGUGAUAGUUAUUUUAACUGUAAUAAAAAAUAUAAUCCGUAUGAACUACUCUUAAAAUUUGGCUGUGAUGGUCAAGAACACAAGGAAGAUAUGGAAAAAGCCUAUGAAGAAACAACAAUUGAUAAAAAUGUUAAAUUGUUAAGUAUAAAAAAACCGGAGAAAUUUAAAUUAAAUAAGAUUGCAGAGGAAACACAUACUAAUGAUGAAUUAUUUGGUGAUCCCUUUAAUGUAGUUGUAUUAUCUUUUUUUUCACUUAUUGGGAUGUUUCUAACAUUUUUCCUUUUUUACAAAUUUACCCCUUUGAAAUACAGGACAUAUAAAAAAUCAAUAAAGAAGGAUAAAUUAAUGAAUGAUUUUCAUUCACAAUACGCAAAAAAAUCCUUACAGAAUAAAUCACAUCAUUUACCUAGUGUUUCGAGAAACAAUAGAGUGCGCAUAUCAUAUUAUGCAGGAAGCAUGAAGAGUUAA